ACAGAGUAUACCAUAUACUUUACGAUUCUAAUACGUCUCGUUUUCGUAUAUUAUUAUUUUCGACUUGUGCUAAAAUUCUAUAUGUGGCAAUUUGAUUCGGAAGAUCGUUAACGAUUUGUUGUUGUUUCCAGGCCAUAAACGUAAAAUCGCUCUUAUCUCCAAGUACAACAGUUUUGUUUUGAAUGUGCACAGAACUGGCAUUGCAAAAAGUCAGAAGCCUGGAAGUUCGUUUUACACCUGUGCGACGUCGUUACAUUGAUGACUAGGCUUGUCAGCAAUGGGGAAACAGUAUCUGUGUAUUUCAUUGCUCAUUUUUUAUUGUGGUUUGAGAUGAUAUCCACUAGAAGUGUGCAUUUAAAAAUGUUAUUGUGGAUAUUUUAUGCUAAUUAUGUUCUUUCAAAGUGAUAAUUCGAGAAAUUGAGAUAAGUCAAGGAAGUUGGAAAUUUGUUAGUGUGUGUGUAAUAUCUUUGGUAGUGUAAAAUAGCUUUCACGAACUCGUCAUUGGUGGUCAACUGCUGUUGAGUACUAAAUAACUAUGGCGCGAGGUAGUAGUGCCGGGUUUGAUAGACAUAUUACUAUAUUUUCUCCAGAAGGGAGAUUAUAUCAAGUUGAAUAUGCAUUCAAAGCUAUAAGCCAAGGAGGUCUAACGUCGGUGGGCCUGAAGGGAGUAGACACUGCAGUUGUUGCGACGCAGAAGAAAGUUCCUGACAAGCUGAUUGAUGCAUCGACAGUGACGCACAUCUUCAAGCUGUCAGACAGCAUCGGCUGCGUGAUGACGGGAAUGAUCGCUGACAGCAAGUCGCAGGUGCAGCGGGCGCGCUACGAGGCGGCCAACUGGCGCCACGUCAACGGCUACGAGAUCCCGGCGGACGCGCUGUGCCGCCGCAUCGCCGACAUCUCGCAGGUCUACACGCAGAAUGCGGAGAUGCGGCCCCUCGGCUGCAGUAUGAUCGUCGUGGCGUACGACCAGGAGCAGGGGCCGUGCGUGUUCAAGACGGACCCAGCCGGUUACUACUGCGGCUACCGCGCCGUCACGGUGGGCGCCAAGCAGACAGAGGCCAACAGCUACCUGGAGAAGAAGCUCAAGAAGAAGCUCAGCUACAGCGGCGACGAGGCCAUACAGUUGGCAAUAUCUUGCCUGUCGUCUGUGCUGGCAGUAGACUUCAAGCCGUCUGAAAUUGAAGUUGGGGUGGUGUCGAAGGACAAUCCAAAGUUCAGGAUUCUGACAGAGCAGGAGAUCGACGUCCACCUGACGGCCAUCGCGGAGCGGGACUGACGCUGAAGCGGCGACUCGGAAGUCCGCCGACAGGUCCGAGGUCGUCUGCCGAAGUGUCGCGGGCACUUUGCCACUUUUGGAGAACAUGCUGUCUUUUCUUUAAAAGUUACUCUGUUUGGCUGGCACGCUAUUUGCCUCCAUCCUUGUUGUCAGUGGUUUUUAAAUAAUUUGUGUAACACACAGGUCUGGUAAUAAAUGAAGUGCCGUACA